CACACACAUCAGGAGCCAAGGUGCACCGCUCUAUCUAGAUCAACCCUUUGUGCUUUCGACGAACUUGCGUCCUGUUCUCCUGUGGAGAUACUAAGAAGCAUUGGGUCUGUACGCACACGGUUUCCUUAACUCUGUUGGCCAAGACCAUUUUCUGCCAGAGAACAGCUGUGAAUGAUAAUAGCUUUUUGGACUCUCCAAUAAGAUGAAUAUGUCACACGACCACCAUGUCCACCACGUCCACACCACCAUGUCUCCAGAUGUAACAGGUUCCCAUGGCAAUCAUAGCGGUGACCACGGGGGCCAUCAUAUGAUGAUGCAAAUGACCUUCUACAUGGGGUACAAAAAUGUGGAGCUACUCUUUGCUGGGCUUGUCAUCAACACACCAGGAGAGAUGGCAGGAGCUUGCAUCGGCGUGUUCCUGUUGGCCGUGUUCUAUGAGGGCUUAAAAAUUGGCCGAGAGUUCUUGCUCAGACGGAAUCAGGUGAAUGUUCGUUAUAACUCUAUGCCUGUCCCUGGAGCUGAUGGCACAGUCCUCAUGGAGACCCAUAAGACUGUGGGUCAGAGAAUGCUGAGUCUUGCCCACCUGCUCCAGACAGUGCUACAUAUCAUCCAGGUGGUGGUCAGCUACUUUCUCAUGCUGGUGUUCAUGACCUACAACGGCUAUCUGUGCAUUGCCGUGGCAGCUGGGGCAGGGAUGGGCUAUUUCCUAUUCAGCUGGAAAAAGGCCGUGGUCGUAGACAUUACAGAACACUGUCAUUAGCCAGUCAGUGGCCACAGCCCCAACUAAACACACACUAUCUGCCCAAUCCCAGCCUACAUUAUAGAAACUCUUACCAAAACAAUCAUUGAAUUUAGUCUGCCAUAUUAUGAUAAUCCUCCUUGUCAAACUAAGGGUUUGUGAAUGGUUGAAUCCCAACUUCAGUUGGUGUCAGUGUCAUUUAAAGAUGUAUAUUUUUCCAGACCUGCUGUUGUCUGAAUUAAUAUGUUUAUAAUUAUUAUUAUUAUGAAAAACAGCUAGUACGUCAAGCCCAUCUUGCUGACGUCAUGUCCUCCAUCAUAUUAUUGUUUUCCGCCACUGCGUUCCCUUUUCCAUCUCAGUCAUCAUGUAUCGUUCCACUACAAGUCUGCUCCAUCAUCCCAAUCAACUCUCUCCUGCUGUAAUCACAAACUGUGUAAGCUGCCUUACUGACUACCUCUGGGUUCAUGGUGCAUAUUCACAGUUACUUACUGGGUGAAAUGUCUUGACAACAAUGAACUCUGUUUAUUGUUUCAUGAGGUAAUCCUAAUCUUAUCUGCUAUCCACAAUCAGCAGGCCCUUGUUCAUAAAGGGAUUAAAAGUAUCAUAUGGGAGUGAGUCAGGUCCUUUGGGACUGUGUGACUGAGCCUUACCAAACCUUCUGCCUUAAAAUGAGGGAACAACAGCCUUUGGCUUACAGACGUGUGCCAUCACUACUUCAAAAAAUACUGGGCUGUACAGGCUUGUUUUGGCUUCACAGUGGUACAAGAUAAUAAUUGUUGGAAGCCUGAUAUAUGGCAAGAAGCAAGUGCCCCUUCAAAUUUCAUCAAGCAAGAGAAAGUAUAGGAAAGCAGUUGGUGAUCUUGCUUGAUCCAAAAGCAGUCAUGGAAUUUUAAAUCAGGCUUUCGAGUCCCCAGAGUGAGCACCUUUUGGUUUGCACAGACACAAACCUGCUCGGCAUUUGGCCACUGUGAAACUGACUUUGUUUAGAUUUUCUCCUUCUUUAAAUGUUCAAGUAUAUGGAGAAUUAUAAAAAUAGAAAUGGUCCGAGUUACGUGGAUCACGCACGAGACUUCUUUUUAUAAUUUAGUAUUUACUUGCACCCUAGUAUUUUUAACUACGUAAAUUACUGGCUGACAUAUUUCUGGAAAUCUGAUGAUGAUGAUGAUGAUGAUUGCUCAUUUUUAUUAUUUAAACAUCUUAAAUGUAAAAUAAACAAAAAAAAAAGUGUAGGAAAGAUCGGCUGUUCUUAUGGUCUUCCUGGAAGUGCCUAAAAGAUCUCAGCCAUGAACAAGAUUCUGAAUGACUUGAUUUGAGUAGAGCUCUUGAGUCUGAGAAAUUUGUGCCAGUCUGUUUAACUGGAGUUAAUCUGAUGGAUGUCUGUCACACAACAGAUGUUUCUUUUCUUUCUUUUUUUAAAUUUAUGUUUAGCCUCUUCUUAGUCCAUGUGUAAAUGCUUAUUUUGUAAUCUCUGAAGUAAAUGUGCACAAGUGUCUGUGUUUAUCAGUGACAAUGUGUGGUACUGGUUUAGAGGUCAGAUUCCCAGUGUUGAUCUGUCAGUUUUCCACAUAAACCAAGAAAACGUAACCACAAUGUUUUUUCUAAGUUUAUACUUGGGAUCAAAGAUGUCACAUUUUCUCUAAUGCAGUAGCAGAAAGUACUAAAGCGGAUGGGCCAAAAUGCAGUGGGAAUCUGACAGAUUCUCCAGGGAUGUACAUUUCCUGGACUGUUUACAGUUCACUGUCCUGUUUGUUAUAGUAUGACAUGUAUACAGUGCUAUAUUAAUUGUCUAAAGUAAUUAAUAAAUGGUAUUUGAUUGAGUUCA